AUGUAGUCCCAGCCACAGGAACUGGAACCCUGUCCAUUACACUUGAAGACGUCAAUGAUAACCCUCCAUUCUUCGUGGAGCGUAACAUUACGGUUUGCAGAGAUGACUCAACUCCUGUGCUGUUGACUGUAGCAGACAAAGAUGGACCGCAUCAUUCUGCUCCAUACAACAUGAUGGUCGAUGAAGUAUCCAAACCCAACUGGAGUGCUCAGAUGAACACCGACAGAACUGGAGUUGAACUGGUUUUAAAAUCCAAUGAGUUGAGUGGAACUUACCCAGUGAUCCUGAGAGUUUCAGACACUGGUGGUUUGGAGCAGGACUGCUUCAUACAAGUUAAAGUGUGCAGCUGUGUGGAAAACGAAAGAGUGUGUGGUCCACUGAGGAAUGGUUGGAGUGUGAAGGAUCAGAUCAUCUGGGGAGUAGUUGGAGGAACCCUUCUCUUAUCAAUGGUUCUGGCUGUGCUGUAUUUUUCCACACGGGAAAGACUGAAGGAACACAAGAGAUACUUCAUUAUUAGAUGGAGAAAACAACCAGAUACACAAUUUCAGGAGUAACGAUUGGUCCAAUUGUUGGUCCUGGUAAUGUCUGAGCUGUUUUGCUUGUAUGGUCCUCUCACCAAUACCAAGCUAAAGACUUCUUGGCCUGUUUUGCUUUUGCUUUUUGUAAGCCUCUUUUGGGUGUUUGUAUGUUUUUAGAAUACAUGUAUGUGCGGUGUGUCUCAUGGAGUAAAUGCAUUUCCCAGAUAACCUGGUGAAUUCUGGAUGAAGCAGUAGAUGUGAGUUCCCUCAAAAUGUGACCUUUAACACAUUUAGCUGAUUUAUAUUUUACAUUUUUAAAUCAGCUGACAAAUUUUGCUGAAAAUAAAUGCAGAACAGUUCAUUCGUGAGCCUGAGGAACUCCUCACCUGUAAAUAUUCUGGUUUUUAGGGGCAACCGAUAUAAACCUUUUCAUUGAUUUCAGUUUUUAUUGAUGGAUUUUUCAGUUGAUUGCUGUUUCCUCUGUCAGCUCCACAUGCAAAUAUUUACAAAACAAAACUUUGAUCAUUUUCCUGUUGGACCAAAGUUUUCGUUUCAGUUCCUCUUUUUACCACUUUCACCUCUUAUCCCAGCUGGAUUUGAAAGUUAGUUCCUUUGGAACAAUCCUCUGAGCUGGAUCUUAUGCACAAUUGCAUCCUGUUUAAUUGCUGCACCAGAGUCCAUGUUUUGUGGCGCUCCAUCCGUGUGCCGUACAGCAGUCGUUCCUCAACCACCGAGCUGCAUGUCCACCAUGUCUACUAGGUAACCUGAGGUCACCGAAGGGCGACUUCCAGCAGCUUAGAGCCUUCCUCAGUGAGAAGAACCUCCUUGUUCUGGUUCCGGUCGUACAGAACCAGCUCUUGUUGCAGCUAAGUCAGCUGUCCUAAAGGGGCAAAAAGAAAAACUUUAUUUUUUUUUUUUUUGCCUGAAAUUCUCCCUACCAUCCCCAUUCCUCUAAAAGAGCCACUAAUUCAGGGGUUUUAACAUAACGGUUUUCUACAUCAUGUAGGGGACACUUCCUUGUUUCGCCUGCGGGUGGUGCUGUUGCACCUUCAUGUUCCUUUUUCACCCUCUGGGGACGCUGUAGCUCUCCUGCAAUCUUGGCGGGCUUCCUCUUUCUGCUCAGUUUCCUCUGUGUUGUUAUAAGGUAAGCAGCAUAGCCAUUUUGUCCUGUGAGUUUUUACAAUUAUUGAUUUUCUAAUGUUCAGUUUCCUCUGUGUUGUUAUAAGAAAAUAAAGAGCAACAAGGUCUGCCACAGAUUGUAUGCCUCUGGUGCCUCUUCUUCCUACAAACACGGCCACCCGCAGUACAUCGGGCUCCAAGGAGGAGGGGCCGCGUGUGGACGUAGAAAGACCGGGCUACAAUCACAAAGUUCUUUUUCUUCAAAAUGCAUUUUUGCAUCAGCUCCUGUUUCACAAUGAUUUAAAUAAAGAAAUACUCAGAAA